UUUUAGGGAACAAAAACAACACACUUUUAUCAUCGAACUGAACAAUCCUAUCACCAAUCUGCUGUACUAUGAACUACUUCAUCGAGAUAUCGAACUUGCUUAUUGACAGCGUUGCCUGUCCUGCCUGAAUAAUUUGGCAAAUCACUAGUUGAGGACAUUGAUAAUUUAGCCGUUGAAUUGGAAACUUUGGAACGACGAAGGUUUAAACUACGUAUUGUAUGCAAAUCAUGCACAAAUAAGAGAACUUUGAAGCUCUUGUGGGAGAUUAAAGUCUGAAAUGUAUGCAUAUUAUUUUUAAAACCUACAACCGUUUGCUUGGUGGUGUCACUGUUGCGAUUGGUAUAUCCUUCAAGUUAUCCUACGAAACGAGAGCAAUGACGAGACAGGUUGUGUUCGUAUUGACCGUUCUGGUGUGCCUGCUGUCGGCCUCUGGCAACUUCGCUCAGCAAAGCGAAGCCGAGACCUCGGGAGAGACUCCAUCUUGUUGUGGAAGCCUCCAUUGUUAUCCAGGCACGCCCGGAACUCCAGGGGUCCCCGGUGUUCCAGGCAAUCACGGCUUUCCUGGACCGACAGGACCCAGGGGUGAGCCUGGAACGGGAAUCAAAGGAGACCCUGGAGCAAUGGGGCCAUCAGGAGGGGUAGGUCCGUCCGGAUUUACGGGUCCGCAAGGUCCGCUCGGUGUUGCUGGUCAGAAGGGCGAACCAGGGGUAGCCGGUCUUGCUGCUUCCAGCCCCAGCGUGGCCUUUACCGCUCUCAUGUCCUCUGGCGUGAGUGGGCCGAAUCGAGACGGCGAAAUCAUCAUUUUCGAUCACGUGGUGACCAACGUUGGGGACGACUUCGAUUCGGAAACGAGCAAGUUCACUUGCUCAGUACCCGGUGUUUACUUCUUCGAAGUCAGCCUGCUGUCCAGGACCCAACCCUACGCAAAGCUUAUGAAGAACGGGGAACACAUAUUUUCGGUUCACCACAGCGACUCGGGCACUUUUCAGCAGUCAAGCAAUUCCGCUGUUCUCACCUUGGCGAACGGGGAUGAGGUUUGGGUGCAAAUUGGGGACGAUACAAACAGAGGCAUAUAUGGUGAUACCAGAUACUCCUCCUUUACAGGAUUCCUGAUCAAUCGCAUGUAAUGUUAUGCUCUCACACUAGCCCCUGGUUUCCUUUUCCGAGUUAAAAAAAAAGCAGGCGCGGCUGUAGACCGAUCUCGUUUUCUUACUUACCUUGUCCGUCGUGAGUUUUAUUGAUGAGUUGAUUCAUGGAACAAAAUAUGAGACAUCAUAGCAAUCCCAUUAUUGUUCCGUGCACUGUUUACUUUAAAGUGCGCCCUCACCCGAGGGGGUGUUCACUACAUCUGAUUUGCAAUUUCAGGAUUCGGAAUACAUCUUGAUAGUUUCUCGAGUCAUGAACUGUUUUACUCAAAAUAAACAUUUGUUUAAUUGUUGUUCCACGAUUUCUUAAAAUUUGCAAAUUAAUAUUACAUUGCGUAAUGUUUGUUUUUAUAUAAUUGACAAUGUGUAUAAAACAAAAAAAUCCAAGUAAAACAAUUUCGCUGGUUUCCCGAUGUUUGGCUGCACUUUUAUUUGUCAGGCAAAACAAGUCAGUUAUAGUGUUUACAUGUCUCUUGAACAAGAUAGCUACACACAAAGUCAAGGCACAUUUUGUAUAAAGACCUAGCACUUCAUUACACUUGGAGUGACAUGCUGAAUCAGAAAAGCAUUCGAGAUAAUUGCAAAUAAAUGCAGUUUUUUUCCUACAAUCCUAAAGGUAUUGGACACCACAAUUUUUGGGGGUUUAAAGAUAGUAUGGACAGAUCUACCAAACUAUAUCUUAAUUAUUGUAAGAUAUUCAUGGGCGUCGCGAGGG